AUUUUAAAAGGAAUAUCCCGAAAGAAAAAAAACAUUUUUUUGUUGUAAAGGACUGAUCUUUGUGUUUGCAUAUCGGUCAUCCCUAACCUUAGGAUUGUGUCCUUGCUCUGAGCGAAACCCUAGAUUCGACCAUUUCCCAUUGAGCAGAGAUGCUGCGAGUAGCAGGAAGGAGGCUUUUGUCUGUUUCGCAGAGAUCUUCGUCUGCGACCUCCUUCGUCCUCUCCCGUGACCAUACCCUUUCCGAUGGCGGCAACUCCUCUUCCGCCCCUAGAUCUGUCCCUUCUGCUGAUUUCUCAUCUUUCAAUUCUUACCACCGAAGCCUUAUCAGAGGUUUCUCUUCCCAAGUCAUUGCUCAAGGAAAUGAGAUAGGUUUUGGUUCAGAAGUUCCAGCCACCGUGGAAGCUGUCAAAACACCUAACUCAAAGAUUGUGUAUGAUGACCAUAACCAUGAGCGUUACCCACCUGGUGACCCUAGCAAGCGUGCAUUCGCUUAUUUUGUUUUGUCGGGUGGAAGGUUUGUUUAUGCCUCUGUUAUCCGUCUUCUUGUUCUGAAGCUUGUUGUGAGCAUGUCUGCAAGUAAAGAUGUCCUGGCCCUUGCAUCCCUUGAGGUUGACCUAGGGAGCAUCGAACCAGGAACGACUGUUACAGUCAAGUGGCGUGGUAAGCCUGUCUUCAUCAGGCGAAGAACAGAAGAUGACAUCAAACUGGCCAAUAGCGUGGAUGUUGGAUCCCUGAGGGACCCACAAGAAGACUCGGUUAGGGUCAAGAAUCCAGAAUGGUUAGUCGUGGUUGGAGUCUGCACUCAUUUGGGGUGCAUCCCCUUGCCUAAUGCUGGUGAUUAUGGAGGUUGGUUUUGUCCGUGUCACGGUUCACAUUACGAUAUCUCUGGACGAAUUCGGAAAGGUCCUGCACCAUACAACCUUGAAGUACCGACGUACAGCUUCCUGGAAGAGAAUAAGUUACUCAUUGGUUAAUGAAUAAAGUACAAGAGAAGAGUCAGUGUCUUGGUCUGAAUGAUCUUAAUAUGUUUUUGUUUUGAUAUUUUCCCGGCAUUUUAGCGUGCAAGUUCGCUUUCCUCACACUACUGGUCUCUCAGCAAGAUUGUCUUGUUUUGCUGAAUAAUACAAACUUGUCAUUUGUAUGACUUAGUAUCUCUAUCUGUCCCAUCUGGUGAAAGACAUUGUUCAUAGUCUCUGUCUAUUAUUUGAAAAGAAUUUUUGAAUAGUAUCAUGCCUAUUUUUCUUA